CUCGGCUCUCGCUAUUAUUUAUUUUUAUGUUUGCCAGCAUAUCCAUGGCAUCCCUACUAUAUAUACCAGUAGAGCUAGGUAGCUAAUGCCCACACUUCAUCAUUGGUAUCCAACCAAAGGAGAACAAGCACCAUGGAUCGCCUCUUCAUCGUCCUCGUCUUGCUUCUGGCGCCGCAUGUCGUGCAAGGCAUCUACCCGCAGGGCCUUCUCAUGCAGUUGAAGCUCACGUAUCCCGAGUGGGCACCGAACGCCGUUGUCGAUAUCGGAGCCAACAUUGGCGCGUGGGCUCAUCGCGUUCGCGUCAACUACCCCGACGCCAAGAUACUGAUGCUGGAAGCAACACCCAACCACCGACAACGACUGGAACAACGAUGUGAAGAACUGGGUCCUCAAGCAACAGAAUUCAAGAUUGCCGUGCUGUCGGGAACCACCGGCGACACGGUCGAGUUUUUCCAGGACGGCAAUACGGGCAACUCGUUUCUGAGAGAAAACUCGCAACAUUACAGCAACUCCAAGCCUGUUUCACGCACCACCAGUCGUUUAGAUGAUAUCAUUCAAGAGUCGUUUCUGAAAUCGGAGGAAUACAUUGAUUUCAUCAAGGCGGACGUUCAAGGAGCAGAACUCAUGGUCUUGGAAGGUGCAGAAGAGACAUUGGCCAAGGCAACAUUUGUGCAGUUAGAAUCAGGGAUCAUUGAAUACAACCAAGGAGGGGCUUGUUUCUACGAAAUUGAUGCAUUUCUGCGGAGCAAGGGGUUUUAUUGGUACGAAAUGAGUGAUAUUACACGCCGAAGGGAGUACGGAACUCUAGGUUUGGGACAAUUUGACGUGCUUUACGUGAACCCGUCUUCUCCGAGGCUCCCCCAAGCUUUCAAACAGUUGAAUGGGCAGUAUUGUGGAAUGAAUAGUAACAGGCAACCAAACAACAGCGGCCCAGUUCUGAGCUCUCGACUGACGGCGCUCUUGGACACAUACGGUUUGCUAGAACUGGAGCAAGCCAUGGAAGCCAUCAGUGUGGUACCCAGCGGCACGUGGAGCAGACUCGUUAUCUCAUUCGUCAUGGUGUGUCUUGCAUUCUUUGCUGGAGUCCUGUACGGAGUCAAGAAGGCCCACAAAACGCUCAGAUGUACUCAGUAGCUAAGCGCAAAAACGGCUCAAUCUGCAUGAUGUGUAUACCGGUACUAUACCUCCUGCAUCCAUGGAUUUGAUGAGUGGGUCUGGUGAAACGCACCGGCAAGAUAAUCAUGCAGUUGAGACACACCCGU